AUGGAAGCGUCGGGAGAAGAGUUGGGUAGGAUUGUGGCCUUUGUCAAUCGAAGAACCUGGCUCAUGGAGGAACCACCAUCAUCGGAUGCAAUCGGUAGCAACUACUUUCUGGACAAUAUUGGAACCACAAGCUUUGGCGAUUCCAGCUUGCUUCGUCUUUGUGCGUGGCAUCCCACACCGGAUCAGUUCACGUCAUUUGUGGAUCAUAUGGAAGCCCAUCAGGAGUUUGUGGGUGCCAGCAAGACUGGGAAAGUCAUUUUUACAAGUGAAAAUGACAAAGCCAACAAUAACCUUUGUUACCUGGACAUGCCCUCGCCACCCAAUCUCAGCCAAACAAACCACAAGGGUGUAACAGCUCUGCACAUGGCUGUGUACCGAAACUCCUUUCAUGCCAACAGCAUUGUCAAGCAAUUAUUGCACAAACAACCAUCCUUGGCUUCCACACCCAUGCAAUGUGGAUCUUACCCAUUGCACAUCUUGUGUGCCCAUUCGCUUACCAUUCGCAAGGAAAUUCUCCUGCAACUCUUGGAAGCUGAUCCCAGUGUGGUGUGGCUGCAGGAUCAAAACGGGGAUACUCCACUUUCUCUCUUGUGGAAAAAUGUCCUUCGCUUUCGGUGGGCCCAACAGGAAGAGGUGAAAUUUGAAGAUGAGGAGGAAGAAGAAGAUCCAGGCAACAACUACUACAACCGUGGCCGUAUUCGCAGGCCUUCCUGGAUGACAGUCAUUACCCCGGAUCAGUUUGUGGAAUUCUCACUUUUGAUGAUAAAGGCAGCUCUCCACAAAGACGUGUUGCAUCUUGUGGAUGUGUGUCGCAUGCCACGCUGUCCUCCAGUCCUUGUCCAGCUUGUAUUGCAACGUCGUCGCAGCAGCAAACUUGCAAAGCACUUGGUACAAGGAUCCAUCUUUUGGAGGGCUACGGAUGAACUGGGAAUGACUCCGUUGCAUCAUGCAUCACGUGUUGAAGUUGUCACCAUGGACUUUGUUCCAGCGCAUGUCCAGGCACUUCAACCAAUGUCCAUUGUGGAUUGUUUGCUCCGCAGCUUUCCAUCCAUGGCUUUUGUCAAGGAUCGCUGGGGUCGGAUUGCUCUGCAUCAUGCACUGGAAAAGGCAUUCCAUUUUCCGUCUCAUCAUCUGGAUCAUGGUGGCACCACCAACGCCAACGAAUUGCAUCGAUUUGUUGCUGCAAACCCAGAUAGCCUCCGAAUCAAAGAUCCAGUAUCGGGGUUAUACCCGUUUGCUCUGCUUGCAACCAAAGCAACCACUGCCCCUCGACCUUUGGCGAAGAGCUAUUACGAUGAUGACAUGAUGAUGCAACUGGAUGAAACAGCGGAUUCGGAGGAUCAUCUUCAAUGCGUCUUUCGCUUGUUGCGGCAGUUCCCCGAGGCUGCGCUUUACCUCGACUAG